UCACUGCCACCCUGAGCUGGAUGGAAUCACAGCAACAGUAACACUGCGAACAUGAGUACUUUGACUCCAGCUCACCGAACAAACUGCUAAGAAUAACCCGCACAUGUAAAACGGAUUGCUCUCCACCUCCAUUACAGCCCAAAAAUGCACGGGCCGUGCCCGUUAGCCGUCACCGGAGCGGGCGUCCAAACUGCGCAGAUGUGGUCAUCAUAUCGGUAGCUAACGCUAGCUCUGUCCGGCUGCUGUCUGGUCGCAUCACUGAAGGGACAGCCUCGCUUUAGAGCCCAAGGCUGAUCAUCAUGAAUCUGUUUCGCCUCGUAUGUCGCCAUAAAACGGCUCUGGUCAUCGGCUCCAUAUGCACUUUUGCUGUCGUCCUGGUUUUCUUGGCCAAAUGUACCUCAGAGACCCUGAAGCAGGAUCACCCCGACCCGCCGGGUUUGGCCCCCAACACCAACGCGUUGAAGUUCCGUCCGGAGUCGCACAACCCGCUGUCCUCUUCCAAAGCCUUGUCUGCGUUCCUCGUGGUGCUCAUCACGACGGGACCCAAGUACACAGAACGCAGGAGCAUCAUUCGCAGCACCUGGCUUGCUAAGCGGGACUCUGACGUUCUGGCUUGGUUCGUGGUCGGGACUCAAGGCCUGUUGAGCGACGACCUGCAGAACCUCAACACGGAGCAAGGCCGCCACAAAGACCUGCUGCUGCUGCCGGAUCUGCGAGAUUCCUAUGAGAACUUAACACUGAAGCUGCUGCACAUGUACUCCUGGCUGGACCAGAAUGUGGACUUCAAGUUUGUCUUCAAAGCCGAUGAUGACACGUUUGCUCGCUUGGACCUCGUGAAAGAAGAGCUGAAGAGCAAAGAGCCCAGCAGGCUGUACUGGGGCUUCUUUUCCGGAAGAGGCCGCGUAAAAACAGCGGGGAAGUGGCGUGAAAGCUCCUGGGAGCUCUGUGACUAUUACCUCCCGUAUGCCCUCGGCGGCGGUUACAUCCUCUCAGCCGACCUGGUCCGCUUUGUGCAUCUCAACGCAGGCUACUUCAAGAUGUGGCAAAGUGAGGACGUGUCCCUGGGUGCCUGGUUGGCGCCGGUGGACGUCCGGCGAACGCACGACCCGCGCUUUGAUACGGAGUAUAAGUCGCGUGGGUGCAACAACAAAUACUUGGUGACGCAUAAGCAGAGUUUGGAGGACAUGUUGGAAAAACACCAGACUCUGCAGCGGGACGGCAGGCUCUGCAAGGAGGAGGUCAAGCUGAGACUGUCCUACGUGUACGACUGGAGCGUGCCGCCCUCUCAGUGCUGCCAAAGAAAGGAUGGAAUUCCAUAACUCCUGUUUAAUGAAAUGAUCUGCUUUUGUUUGCCAUGUCAGGAUUAUGUUCUUUCUUUCAAACCGUGUGCAGUUGUGGACCUGGUACUAGACGUUUAGCAAAACCGUUCAGGCAAACGCUUUUUAAAAUUAUUGUCUUCAUAAAAAAAUCAACGCUGGAUCAGAUUUCCCUCAUUCCUGAGGUUAUUAUUGUUUUUCUCACCUCGCCGUGAAUUUCUAAUGUCUUCUUUGAACUCCUGGUUGAUUAUAGAAGUGAGUUAGGUUGUAUUCAGACUAGAAUAAUCAGUUGGUCCAGACGGAGUCUGCUUAAUUUGGUCCAGAACAUUUCUGCUACAAACCAAAGUUUGUAAACAAAACCAUGUGACUAAAGAUCUCUUCAGUCAUUAGCCAGGAAUUUCAGGGGCGGGGCAAAGCAAUGAGAGAAAUAAUAAUGAAAGUCCUACGCUUUGGAAUCCUUGUCGUGAUAGUUCACUGAUUCAAACUUUAUGUUUUGCUGACCGAUUCUGAGCGUCUGUAUUAGGGUCCGGUUCAACACUUUUUAUUGCUACUUUGGUACUGUGGAGGCAAGACGGUUACUGAGGAUACGACGGCUAAGAAGGAACACCGUUAAGUUUCUAUGACAUAUAGAUGGUCAGAAAACACUGAGAAUCAAUGUGGAUCACGCUAACAGUUGUUUUAAUGAGCCAGCGUUCAUCACAUUUUAGUGAGUUGUUGUGUCUCAUCAUUGCUCCAGUACCCUGUUUACAUCCCAUAAUGCCCGCCUACGGUGGCUGCUUUGGUCCAAUAUUUCAACUCCGAGCACAGAUUGUAUUCAGACUGAGCAAACCCAGAGCUCACCUCAAAAGAUAGAUGGGUCGGUAACACUUUGUAAUAAAAUUCCUUAACAAGCGUUAUUAACAAAUUAGCAAACAUUAUUAAUGUGUCAAUAGAGUGUUAGUAAGACAUUUAUUAACACAAUAAACCUAAUAAGGUUUAUUAACAUACUUGAUAAGAUUCGAGAGACCAUUGUCUACAUAGGCCAUAUUAAUAAAGCUUAAUAAUAUAUUAACCAUCUUUGUUAGGGCCGCCACGAUUACUCGACUAAUCGACGACUAAUCGACUAUAAAAUCGAUUAGUCGUUACUUAAUAUUAUAUGGAGUCAGAGUGUAGUAAAGUUUAAAGUUAUAAUGGCAUUCUGCUAGCUUUUUGGUUUUGG